AUUUAGGCCCCUCCCCCUUUUUGAAGCAGAAGCAGACCGUAUAGUUUGCCGCUCACCGAUCGUGCGUUCAAGAUGCAAGUAUUUUGUGAAGAAACUUUCAGAAGAACUUGAAGUGUGAAAUCUCUGAAUCAGUAGUCAUUUCUUUCUGCUGCACAAGGUCUGCUUUGGAGGAGUGGCGAAGGGGUCCGGCACGCGGUUUGCACGCAACAACCCGUUUCCUAAACAAAUAAAAUAUGGCGCUUCUAGUCAACGCGUGGAAUGGCUUCCACGAAGUGUUUGACAGGUAUGCAGACAAGAGGUCCACCAACUGGUUCCUUAUGGGCAGCCCGUUCUACACAGCUGCCAUCUGCCUCACUUACGUCUACAUCGUCAAAGUCCUCGGCCCCCGGAUAAUGGAGAACAGAAAACCUUUCAGCCUGCGCAACACACUGAUAGUCUAUAAUCUGUUCCAAGUUUUAUUCAGCUGUUGGCUGUUUUACGAGAUAGGCAUUUCGGGUUGGUUUACGGGCGAAUAUAAUAUCCGAUGUCAGCCGGUAGAUUAUUCCGACAGUCCAUCUGCAACCAGGAUGGUUCAUGCUUCGUGGUGGUACUACAUUUCCAAGUUCACGGAAUUCUUCGAUACGUUUUUCUUCAUCCUGCGGAAGAAGUUCAAUAACGUGUCUACCCUGCACGUGAUCCACCACGGCAUCAUGCCCUUCAGUGUCUGGUUCGGCGUCAAGUUCACCCCAGGCGGCCACAGCACCUUCUUCGGCCUCCUCAACACAUUCGUCCACAUCGUCAUGUACACCUACUACUUGCUGGCUGCCUUCGGCCCUUCAAUUCAAAAGUACCUCUGGUGGAAGAAAUACAUCACAGUCCUGCAGAUGGCUCAGUUCGUGGCCAUCAUGGUCCACGCCUUCCAGCUGCUCUUCAUUGACUGCAACUACCCCCGCGCCUUCGUCUGGUGGAUCGGCAUGCACGCUGUCAUGUUCUGGUUCCUCUUCAAGGAGUUCUAUGACCAGAGCUACAGAAAGCCCAAAGAGCUGGCCAAAGCUAAGGCUGAGGCAGCCAAAGUCGCUGCUGCAGCAGCCGCUGCGGCCGCCGCCAACGGCGGCGACCACAAGACCACCAACGGCAGCCUAAAGAACGGAGCAGCCAACGGUGCGACGGGCAAGCAGCGUGCCGCCGACUACUACAUCAACGGCGACCUGGCCAGCGACGUGCACUACAGGCACGCUGCCAACGGCGGCGCCAACGGCAAAGCAACCGCCAACGGCUCGGCGUGAACUUAGGGCCUGGGCCGGGCCGUCCUUGCCGUAAUCUCCCCUCCCCCCCCCCUCCCCCAAUACCCCAAUUCCUUUCCCCUCUCAUCUUAAUUCAACGUAUUUGCGCCACGACUUGAACUAUUUGCUCAUUUGUGACUGUGAGUGUUCUGGAAACUGUACAAGUGUAUGUUUGUGAGUGUGUAUGUGUGUGUGAUUGCAUGAGUGUAUGUGUGAGUGAGUGUGUGAGAGAAGAAGAGAGAGAAAGAGUGAUUUGAAAAUGUGUGCACGUCAAAUGUGUCAAGGCGUUUUAGAAUAUUUUGUUUCUUUGCUCAUUAUUGCUGUGGAGGGCAGUUACUUGUCCUUCUACAGGCUGAGUUAUUUAUUUAGUAGGAUUGAAAAAUAUAUGAAGAAGGCUGUAGAUUGAUUGUAUGCUCAGUACCUCCAGAACAAUAUUUAAAUCUGUUCAAUGAAGUUGUAUUCUGUUUUUGAGAGCAACAUUGUUUUAUGACUAUAGUUUUGAAUUUUCCUGUUUUGUUCUGUAGAGAUCUUAUAGGUACUAAAGAUUUGGAAUAACGUGAAUUUUCUCUGUUUUGUAGAUCUAACUGUGCAAUGCAUUUUCAAUUAGUUGUAUAUAGUGUUAAAUUACUGUAGUUAAGUUAAACCAUGUCUGAGUCUCCAUAAAAUGUUUUAGUUCUGUUUUAUCAGAAGAAAGUCUGUUUAUCAGAGUGGUUAACUUUGUGUGUUUGUUGCUUGUUGUUAAGCCAGUCAGAAUUGUGAUGUUAGCUGUUGUCAGUUUUCAUUUGCUUUUAGUUGAAUUUUACAUUUACCAGAUAUGGAGUUCCAUGCAUGGUCAAUUUGUACGUAAUACCGAAUACACUGAGUUACGCUAUGGCCUACGGGUACCUGUAAUUCAUAUUCUUGCUGCCAAGCAGGAUUUGGAUGAUGUGGAUGAACUGCCCUCUAACAGUUUAAUCAUGCGAACUUUAGAGGACUCGCAUUUAGGGUAGUGAGUUCAUUGUGAUAUCUAACCGUUCUCUCAAACUACAUUUCUGUUUCUGGAUGAUCACUAUUAUUUUGUUAUCACAUCAAAUAUCAUUCCUAUAUGUGGCAUCUGGUAUUUUAUUUAUUUUUUGGUAUAGCCAAAUAAAUUUAUUGUUGUAGAAUCUCUCUGCAUCUGUCAUUUUUAGAAAUUACUAUUGUUAUUUGUUGGUAACAUCUUCCUCAAAGGGAGGUGGCUUAAAGAAUCUAGAUUGAAUAAUUUUGUACUUAAAAUCCAUUUACAUGGGAUCAACUACAAAUUUAUUAAUAAAUGUUAUUAAGCAAAUGUUGUCAUUUUUUAUAUUUGUCAUAUGAAGUGUUUUUAAUAAAUUGCCAUCAGUCGUUAUGUCACUUAAGUUGUUCGUUUUUAUUCUAUUAUCCUACUAAAGAAAUAAUUUGAAUGUUAUUAAAAAAAGAACUGUUUGUUUUGGAAUAAGUUGUUACAAUGAAUGUUCAGUUUAUAGUGUAUUUAAAAGGGUUUACUGUAGAGGAAGAAUAAAUUUUUACUAUUCAAGUA